ACAAAAUUUUCGUUCCAGUUCAAAUCGGGUAAAAAAUUUCAAAAAAAUCGUAAAAAAUUCGUCGUACGACAUGUUUAAUGAUCGAUAAAAAUUCGCAAACAGACUUGAAUUCGCGUACGUACAGAAUCCUAGAUAAUUUCCCGUAAAAUAUGAUCGAUUAAUCUUGCAGAAAUUAUUCUGGUCGUUGGUUUCGAUGUUUUUUGGGUCAGCUGAUUUAAUCACGUGUGAUAAGCAAAAAAUAGGCUUUUUUGUUUCGUUAUCAAUUGUCAUUGAUAUUAAUAUUAUUUACGUUUAUUUAUUUGGUAAAUAUGUGUUAUAAUUAUUAAUACUUAAAAAUUAAUCGUUAAAAGUUUUUAAAUUUCAUUUUAGCAUCUUUGAUCGAUACAGUCAUGUCAUUAGUGUUUUACUGACGAUCGCUCCAAUCCAGCCUACGUUCUUGAUUCACAAGGCCUACCGUUCCGAAGAGAAUAAAUUCGUUGCUGAAGUCGAUAUUUAAUAAUAGAAUUUAAAAGGCAUUCAAUCACUAACCAGAACGUGAAAUGAGUACAGAAGAUACGCAACAGUUUUGUCUGAGGUGGCACAAUUAUCAAAGCUCGCUGCUUGCAACGUUGCCACAACUGUUAGACGGAGAUGAUCUCACUGAUGUUACCCUUUGUGCUGGAAGCAGGAGUUUGAAAGCUCAUAGAGUUGUUUUGUCAGCGUGUAGCGAAUAUUUUAAAGAAUUAUUCAAGGAACUAGGUCCUAGUCAUCAUCCGGUGAUAGUGUUACCUGGCGUUGAAUUCUCAGACCUUUGUGCUCUAGUCACGUUCAUGUAUAGCGGCGAAGUGAAUAUAUAUGAAUCGCAAUUAGCUAGUCUUCUUUCAAUGGCCGACGUUUUGCAUAUUAGAGGCUUGGCGGAUUUUUCAAAUACGUCCAAUGUACCAUCUAAGCCGCCGAAAAAUAAAAGACCUAGACUCAACGACGGCCCUGACUUCGUUUCAAAACUAAAAUCGAAACCUACAUUAUCCGAAACAGAAGCGUUUGCUGAUUGGUCAACACCUCCUUCUAACGCGAUCGCCGCCGGUGACUCGAAUGUUGAAAAUAUUGCGCAGGAUUUGAGUAAACGUUUACCAGCCGAGAAUAGUAACGAAUUAACUAACAAUAAUAUUAGUAAUAAUAACAAUAAUAUAAACAAUAAUAACAACAAUAACAAUAACACGAUGGAUGGAAACGGCGACUUCAAACGAGGAAUGGAUUACGGCUUUCUUAAACUGGAAAAUUUCACUAAUUAUGUUUCCGACGCGUUCGCCAAUGCCGAUGAGACGUCUGUACCAACUGAUCUAACUCAAAGUGGUUCGUCAGAAACGUUUAAAACCGGCAAAAGUAACGCGGCGAAAACAUUUACGGUAUGCUUCAUAUGCGGAAAACAGUUGAGUAAUCAUUACAAUUUACGAGUACAUAUGGAAACUCAUCAAAAUGUGCAAUACGCCUGUUCCGCUUGCAAUCAUGUAUCCAGAUCUCGUGACGCGUUACGCAAACACGUAUCGUAUAGGCAUCCACCAUCGGCCACAAUAACCGAUGGCACCACCGCAACAUCAUCACAACAAAGAAAGCAGCAACAGCAACAGCAACAACAACAACAAGUCCAACAACACAACGUGCAACCUUGACCGGUUACGUGAAAAUGAAAACUUGCACUCGAGUUUUCAAAAAUACGAUUUUAUUUAUCACUUUUUAGUUUUCCUUAUUUAGUCCCAAUUUCUCUUCAAUCAUUUUAUUUUUCUCUUCUCUUCUCUAUUUUUUUUUCUCUCUCUCUCUCUCUCUCUUUAUUUCUGUUUUAUCUUUUAACUAUUUCGGAAUUUAUAAUCCUGUAGCGCGAAGUACGUUAUCCUUUUUUUUUUCUUGGUGCUUUUAUUUAAGUUUUUUUUUCUUUUUUGUUUGUUUUUAUUUUUUUCUUUCUCUUUCGUGUUGAGUUUUUUUGAUUGGUCCGGUAGCGUUAUGAAUACUUCGUUUUUUCUCUUGUUCUCAUUGAUUUUUUUUAAGCUUUAUUUUACAAGCGGUGUCGAUAUAGUUACCAAAAAAAAAAAAAUUGUGAUGGAACGCGCUACUGGACAAUUUGUUGCCGUAUGUUGGUAUAAGGGUCUAAAGCGUGUGUAAUUCUUGUUCUCACAAAGACAUCAAAAUUUUUUCGUUAUAAGUUUAAGAGUUUAAUUUUUAUCCUUUUUUUUUCCUUUUUGUUUUUAUUUUAUCAGAAUUUAUUUUUUUUGUAUAGGAAGCGGAUUAAUUCAACUAGUAUGGUUCUUUUUUUUUCCUUAUGAAUAUUUUUUAAAAGAUUUCGUUUCUACUCGAUCGACCUUUUUGUUUAAGUUUUAGAAAGACGUUUAUUUUUUUGAAUAGGAUUUUUAAAUUUUUAAAUUGUUCAGAAGUAAAUAAUAUUAUAGCGUUGUAAAUGUAGCGAGAAGAUUGAUUUUACCUACUAUUUUGAUCCUUAUAGCACCGAGCUAUUCAUUAGUACCUACUCGAUUUGACACGAAUUUUAAUCCGCUUCUUCGAAAGCGUUAUUAUUUCUCUCCAAAAUUGGAUUUAAACUUACCUCUCUGACGAAUAAACGAAAGUACGUAAUAUGAUAAAAUUGAUUUUUUAUCGCGAAUAUACUAUAUACAUAUAUGGCUGUUUGUGGAUUACUCGAAUAUUUCGUAGACGACGGUACAGACAGAAGUGUACGUCGAAUCGAUAUUCGAUACUUAUAACCUAAUCGAUGACAUGUAACGUAAUAAUAUUUCAGAUAAAAAUUUACCUAUAGAGCCUGUGUAUGUACAACGCUGCAUGUAAUUUUUCAGCGUUCGCGUCUAGCCCGGCCCUAUAUUGGUUCGUUAGCUUUUACGAUAGCUUUUUCAAGCUUUCGUUAACUCGAUAGAUCGCGAAACCUAGUCGCUUCAAUGAUUCGAUGUAGUGAUUAAUUGAUCUCACACAAACUGCGGGAGGCUUUGUUUUGAAUAAUAGACUUGAUAUCUUCUGUAGGGUUAUCAUAUUUGUAUGUUGGAUUGGAUUUUUUUUCGCCCUCGCCCUUCUGAAGUUGUUAUCUAGGGUGAGAAAAUCACUUGGAAAAGUGGAACUUGGUCUCUCACUAAAUUUCUGCGGAUUUGUUUAAAAAAAUAAUUCAAUUGUUAUGUGUACUUUGAUUUUUAAAAUUUUAUGAGUUGAAACUAGCCAACAUUAUUGCUUAGGGGAUUAAGGGAGUGAUUUUAGUACCUAAUUGACGAUUUUCGGCGUUAAUUGCCCAUUGUGAAUUGCCAUAAUAAAAAUGAAAUAUCGAACAAGCAUGGAGGUUUUUCUUGAAAGGAAGUUACGUAUGUAUUUUAAAGAACUUUGAAAAGAGAAUUAUAAUUUUUUUAAUCGCCGAUUUGGUUACUUUUUGUAACAUUGCUGGGGAAGGGGAGGGGGUCUGAGGAGGGGGUUUCUUGAAAAGAGUGAUUUGUACAGGCAUCAAUUUUUCAUAUUUUUUUGAUAUUUUCAAACUAUGGGGCCUUCUGACGAAGGGACGAACAUCAUUUGGGGGGGGGGGGCAGGAAGGGGGUUUUCAUGAAAAAGUGGUUAUUUAGAAAGAUUCACAAGAGUGUGCUGAAACCGACUCAAUCCGAUUAUUUCUCCAAAAUCAAGAGGACCCUUAGGAUAAUCCACCACAAAAUUUAUAACUGCUCAAUUGCCAAACUAUGAAUCCAACAGCAACAGGGAUCCAAAAGUCUCAAAAUUUCGAUAUUUUUGUCCAAUUCCGUCAAAAAAAAAUUGAAAAAUGUGCCUAUAACAGCAAAAUAGUAAUUAUCAGGAUGUUUUAAGCGUCAAAAAAUCAUAGGGCUCUUAGAGUAUUUUUUGGGCCUCAAAUAUUCGGAAAAUUCGAUUAGGCAGCUACGACUUUGGGGAUCGUAAUUUCUAGCCAUAAGUCGAGUUUCCUCAAGUUUUGGCACGAUUUUGAGUGUGGGCAUUCGAAAAGGUAUUUUUGGGCCCCAAAUUAUCAAAAAAAUUCCCAAAAAUGGUCGUAAAAUUCGAUUGGGUCGGUACAACUGUGGAAAUUGUCUUUCUGUGGUUACAAGUCGAGUUUCGGACGAUAAAAAAAGUUGUAGCAGCCCAAUCGCAUGUUUUGACCAUUUUUGGGUAAUUUUUUGAAAAUUUUGGGUCCAAAAAUUACCCUUUUGGAUGUGCAGAUUCGAAAUUGCGUCCAAACCUCAGUAAACUCGACUAGUGGCUAGAAAAGACAAGUCUCAAAGUUGUACCUGCUCAGUUGCAUUUUUUGACCUUUUUAGGAAUUUUUUUUUGUAAAAUUAGGGCUCAAAAAAUACUCUUUUGGGGGCACCGAUUUAAAAUCACGUCCAUACCCCAAAAAACUCGACUUUUGAAUAAAAAAUACGAUUACCAAAAUUGUAACGGUCCAAUCAGAUUUUUGGACAUUUUUUUUUUUUUUGAAAAUUUUGGACCUCAAAAUUUCCAUUUUUGAUACACAGGCUCGGAAUUGCGCCUAAACUCAAGGAAGCUCACUUGUGAUGAGAAAAGACGAUUCCCCAGAGUUGUAGCAGCCCAAUCACAUUUUUCAGCCAUUUUUGGUAAUUUUUUUGAAAAUUUUGGACCUCAAAAUUUCCAUUUUCGAUACACGGGCUCAGAAUUGCGCCCAAACUCAAGGAAGCUCACUUGUGAUGAGAAAAGACGAUUCCUCAGAGUUGUAGAAGCCCAAUCACAUUUUUCGGCAAUUUUAGGGUAUUUUUUUUUUGAAAAUUUUGGGCCCCAAAAUUAUUAUUUUUGAUACACAGGCUCGGAAUUGCACUCAAACUCAAGGAAGCUCACUUGUGAUGAGAAAAUACGAUUCCCCAGAGUUGUAGCAGCCUAAUCACAUUUUUCAGCCAUUUUUGGUCAUUUUUUUGAAAAUUUUGGGCCCCAAAAUAACCAUUUUGGAUUUACACACUCGGAAUUGUGCCUCAAUCCCAGGAAGCUCAGCUUAUGAUUAGAAAAGAGGAUUUCCCAGAGUUGUAGCUGCCUAAUUACAUUUUUCGAUCAUUUUUGGACAUUUUUUUGGGUAAAUUUUGGGCCCAAAAAUGACCCUUUUAAAAAGCUCAGACUGAAAAUCGAGCUCAAACCAUAGAAAACUUGACUUGUGUCUAGAAAAGAUGAUUCUAGGAGGUCCUCUUAUUCUUGAAAAAAAAUCGGUUUAAAUUUUCUUUUUGUUGAUUUUUUUCAAUUUUGACCUUUGAGGUGCUUUGCAUAAAGGGACCAGCAUAAUUUGGGGGACCGGGGGAAGGUUUUUUUUAAAAAAGGUAGUUAUUCAAAGUGAUUUUGCCCAGAAUUGAUUUUUUUUAAAAAUUGUACAGAAACCAAUUUUUCAUAUUUUUUGAUUUUUCUCAAAUUUGAGGGGGGAGGGGCUUCGUAUAAGAGAACCGACGUCAUUGGGGGCCCAACAAAGCUUUUUUUGAAAAAGGGACUCUGUAGAAGAACUCUUAUCAAAAAUGAGAAAUUUUCAAAAAAAAUUCACUGAUUUGAUUUGUUCUAUUUUUUGUUGAUUUUUUCAACUUGAAGGGGGGGUUCCAGGCUAAUAUGAGGAUACCAACAUCAUUUGUGAGACUGGGGGAAGUUUUUUCUCAAAAAUGGAUUUUUUUCGAAAGAUUUUGCUCAGAAAUAAAAAAAAGUUUGUGCAAACAUCAAUUUUUCUUCUUUUUUGAUUUUUUCCAAAUUUAGAGAGGGGGUUUCAUAUAGGAGAACCAACAUCAUUGGGGAGCCUGAUGCAGGUUUUUUCAAAGGGGAUCAUGUGGAAGGAUUUUAAAUUGAAAAUAGAAAUUUUCAAAAAAAAUUCUCUGAUUUUGAUUUAGCUCAUUUUUUUAUUUUUCGAACUUAGGGAUGAAGGACUCGUUUCUAGGGGGCUAAUAUGGUUUGGAGGACCGGGGGAAGUUUUUUUUUCUGAAAAAGGAAUUAUUUAGAUAAAUUAGAAACAACACUUUUGAAUAAAUUGAAAUUUUUUUCUAUUUUUUUUUUUUUUUUUUUUUUUUUUUGGAGAGAGCUACCGGAACUGCUUUUUCUGCCGAUUUGGAGGGGGAUGAGAAAUAAGGAAUUAUUUUCUCACCCGAAAUAACAACUUAAGGGGAUAGGAGGUGAAAAAUUCCAAUUUGACAAAAUAAGGUACACCCUUCAGAUACAUAAUUCGCGAAUUGCUGAUACUUCACAUGAAUAGGAGAAUGGAUGAUAAUCGUUUUGAAUUUUCUGAUGAUCUAUACGUAGAAAAUGAAAGGCUUAUCCAAACUGGGGGGCUUGUUGAAGCGACCGACGUCAAAAGCACGUUCUAUAUUCUAUCGUUUAUAUAACAGAAUACAGAUUGUGAUUCUGCCGAAUUGCGUUUUUAACAGGGUAUUAUUGAGCUUAUUUUUUAAACGUACAUAAAUAUAUUAACGUUGUAUAAGUUUUUAGUUGUUAGAAUUAGAUACCUAUAAUAUUAAUUCUUAUAUAAUUCGUAAGGUGCAUAUAUAUAUAUAAUAGAGAACGUGGAAAAAAAGUUUCGUUAUAUCCUGGUCAAGUACAAACCUAUAUGUGGCUUCGUGGAUUUAUAAUAAAAUACAUGUUAAGCUACCUCUGCAGAGAUGCUAUACGAUGAUUAUUAUUAUGCUUUCCGCUUUUACAUAGCAAUUUUACAAUGUGUACUAAACAUAUCGAAUUACGGUUUGAAAGUUGAAAAAAAAAAAAAGAAAAAAAGAAAAAAAAUGGUAAAUAAAAAGCAACAUAGUCAAAUUGCUAGUCUCGUUUGUAAAAAUAAUGUAGUUACCAAUUUGUAAUUAUGUACUACCGUAAAAAAUGUAAAAAAUGGAGAAAUGAGUACAGAACACGAGUUACCAUUGUGAACGUAUCAUGAUAAGUGACAAAUCGUGGUGAGAAUUCGAAAGAGUAAAAUGCAAAUUACGGCUUUAUAUACCUUAUUUAUAUAGAGAAUAAAUGCCGAUUACUCGUCGCUGAUUUUUUUUUUCUUUUUUCUAAAUUAGAGUUACCAAAAAAACUCUAUACGUUUAAUUUCAUUAUUAAUUUUAUUGUGAUUUUUCAUAGUCAUAGAGUACUUAUAGUUUAUUAAGGGUUAAUAUUAUUAUGUACGAAUAUAAUUUAUCGUAUUUUCGAGUGAUUUAUUUUAUUUUAUAUAAGUUUUACGCAAUUUCACACUAAUCGCAUUAUACUACAAACGAAAACCCAAACUGAGAAUAUUUUUUGUUUUUUUGCCGGCUGAGUUAAUUAUACAUAAGUAUAUACGAGUACUAUAGAAACGUUAUGUAAGAGUAGUUUUUAGUAACUCGAAUGAAUUUUGAAAUUUCAUAUUACCUUAGAAUUAUUUUAGUUACCUUAAUAUGUAAAUGUUUUGAUUUUAUUAAUAAUUAAUGUGAUAUUAAGUGCCUCCAUUUAAUUGUAAUGUAUUGUAAAUUAUAAAAACCAAAGUGUUAAGAUAUAGAAAAUGCUGUAGGCCCCGAUUCGAGUGGUGUUUUUUCUCCUGUUUCUCCUUCUCUCUCUCUCUCUCUAUCUGUCUAUUUCUUUUUUUCCCUUCUUUAUUUCAAUAGUUUCAAAUCAAAAAAAAAAAAAAGAGUACACCGAUAAUUACAUAUUUAUGGAAAAUACCGUCCUGAGAAUUUCUGAUCGUUACCGCGAGGCGCUCUAUUGUAAAUUUGUGUCAAUUGGAAUCUUGUUAUUUAUUUUCGUUGUUAAACGAUGAUUUGUUUAAGAUAUGUUACGAUGUGUGCGACACCGAAAUAAAAAAAAAGAUAUUCGUUAAGAAAAAAUGAAAAAUUACAAAAAAAAAACGAGGUGCAGCAGUGAGUAUUUUUACUUUCACCGGUCACUUUUGCACACGACGACACGUAAGAAUACCUAUAAAAUAUGAUGAAUAAUGUAUAAUGAAGUGCAGUUUAUUUAGUCUUCCAUUGUGUGCUACGAAAAUAAUGCUGAGCUAACCUUUGAUAGGUGGUGCGUUUAUUUAUCCGUUCGUGUAGCUUUUAGUUCUCUAGUCAACAUGUUUUACAUAAAAAUUUACAAUGGGUUUAGAAAAUACCUACGUAGGUAGUCGAUGAUGAUGAGUCGUUAUUGGAAGUUGAAAUUUUUAAAGAAAAAGCGUCGUUAUUUUUUUUUUUCAACACUUAUGUCGGCCUAAUCCUAUAUAACAGUCCGAGAAAAUAUUACACAUGUUCACGCAGCAUUCAUUGCAGUAUGUAUCUGUACUAUUUAAACACGUAUUGUUAAUUAUUCUAUUGAUGAAUUUUGUUGAUUAGUUUUAAAAUAUUUAUUCUCUUAAUAAAAUAUUUAUUGGGUUGAA